CCCCGCCCGUGGAUCCUUCCAGAAGUCGCCGGCAGACCCGUGCGGCUUGCACUUCAGCCACACUCCAGAUUUCCAUCGUAAAAACCUCUUAUUUUACCCCGUGAACACUUACUAGGUGUCCCAAUCCCUCAGUCAACAUGUCCGCUUUGGGGACACUUGCUUUCGAUGAGUAUGGAAGGCCUUUCAUCAUAAUUAAAGACCAGGACAAGAAGACACGGUUAUCGGGCAUUGACGCACUGAAGUCUCAUAUUAUGGCAGCCAAGGCUGUCGCGUCAACUCUCAAGACAUCUUUGGGACCCAAUGGUCUUGACAAGAUGAUGGUUGACAGGGAUGGAGAGGUGACUGUAACCAACGAUGGAGCCACUAUUCUCAGCAUGAUGGAUGUGGACCACCAGAUUGCCAAGCUUAUGGUGGAGCUCUCCAAAUCCCAGGAUGAUGAGAUUGGUGAUGGAACCACUGGAGUUGUUGUGCUGGCUGGGGCUCUGCUUGAACAGGCUGAGCAGCUGCUGGACCGUGGAAUCCACCCCAUCAGGAUCUCCGACGGUUAUGACCAGGCCGCACGCAUUGCCAUCGAGCAGCUCGACAAAAUUGCUGAAACCUUACCCUGCGAUGUCAACAACACAGAGCCACUCAUUGAGACAGCCAUGACAACGCUGGGAUCCAAAAUUAUCAACCGGUGUCACAGGCAGAUGGCAGAGAUCGCAGUGAAUGCCAUCCUCACUGUGGCCGACAUGGAGAGGAAGGAUGUAGACUUUGAGCUCAUCAAGAUGGAGGGCAAAGUGGGAGGCAAGCUGGAGGACACACAGCUCAUCAAGGGAGUCAUAGUUGACAAGGAGUUCAGCCACCCUCAGAUGCCCAAGGUUCUGAAAGAUGCUAAAAUUGCCAUCCUUACCUGCCCGUUUGAGCCACCUAAGCCGAAGACCAAGCAUAAGUUGGAUGUGACCUCUGUGGAGGACUACAAAGCUCUCCAGACAUAUGAAAAAGAGAAGUUUGAGGAGAUGAUCCAACAGGUCAAAAGCAAUGGUGCUAACUUGGCCAUCUGCCAGUGGGGCUUUGAUGAUGAAGCCAACCACCUUCUGCUGCAGAAUGAGCUGCCAGCAGUGCGCUGGGUCGGAGGGCCUGAGAUCGAGCUGAUCGCCAUAGCCACAGGAGGCCGCAUCGUGCCGCGGUUCUCUGAGUUGACACCAGAGAAGCUUGGUACAGCUGGUGUAGUGAAGGAGAUCUCUUUCGGCACCACAAAGGAUCGCAUGCUGGUUAUCCAGGAGUGCAAAAACACCAGAGCUGUAACCAUUUUCAUCCGUGGAGGCAACAAAAUGAUCAUUGAAGAGGCCAAGCGCGCUCUCCAUGAUGCUCUGUGUGUAAUACGCAAUCUGGUCAAAGACAACCGUGUUGUGUAUGGAGGAGGAGCUUCAGAGAUUGCAUGUGCUCUGGCUGUCAACCAGGCUGCAGAUAAGUGCCCAUCAUUGGAGCAGUAUGCCAUGAGGUCAUUUGCCGAUGCUCUGGAGGUAAUCCCAAUGGCGCUGGCUGAGAACAGCGGGCUGAACCCAAUCCAGACGAUGGCAGAGGUCAGAGCCAGACAGGUCAGAGAGAACAACGCCUUCCUCGGCAUCGACUGUCUGCACAACAACACCAAUGACAUGAAGCAGCAACACGUGGUCGAGACCCUGAUCGGCAAGAAGCAGCAGAUCUUGCUGGCUACACAGGUCGUCAAGAUGAUCCUAAAGAUUGAUGACAUCCGCAGCCCGGGAGAGAGCGAAGACUGAAGGCCUCCUGAAACAUUUGAAGAUUUCUGAGCUGUUCUAGAGGUUUUAGGCACUUCCCCGAGCAUCAUGUCCAAACCGCACUGCAUAUUGCUAUUUAUCAUUUGAUACAAAAUGUUCAAGCUGUUGUAGUAUCAAAAGUCACCAUUAAAAUGUUGGUCUGUUGAAAGUU